UCCGAGGCCGGCCUCACCGGUAUGUCUAUUUCCCUUUUUUUCUUCUUCCCCUCUUCCCCUGUCCUAUCUGCUCUCAGCAGUAACUAAUGGUGCCCCUCAGUUGCCAACAACUACUUGGCCACCAGGAGCUACAUUGUUGGGUAAGGCCUACCUUUCGAUGAUACCCCUCUCUCCCCCUCCUUCCCCCAGCAUUCAUGUUCCUUGCUUGUAUGAUGAAAAUAAAUUGGUCCGUGUUUAUGAGGCGGCUUAAGACCCCGCUGCAAGAUUACACAACAAUUGCGAGCAAUCGCGUUUCUGAUCACUUGGAAAAUCCUUGAUGCUUUCUGUCUCUCUUCAUUGUGUCUGCACAUGCACUCAAGCGAUUUUGAACGCACCUAGCUAACAUGGUGUACAGCGAUGCUCCUUCCCAGGCCGAUGCUGUGACCUUCAAGGCCUUCUCCGGUGUCCCCGACGCCGAGAAGUUCCCCCACGCCGCUCGCUGGUACAAGCACAUUGCUUCCCUCGAGUCCGAGUUCUCCACCCUCCCCGGUGAUGCCUCCAAGGCCUACACUGCUUACGGCCCCGAGUCCGCUGAGCUCCCCACCAACCCCAAGGACAAGCCCGAGGAUGAUGAGGACGACAUGUCCCUCUUCGGCUCCGACGAGGAGGAGGAGGACCCCGAGGUCGUCAAGGAGCGUGAGGCCCGCCUUGCUGAGUACAAGAAGAAGAAGGAGGGCAAGGCCAAGCCCGCCGCCAAGUCCAUGGUGACUCUCGAUGUUAAGCCUUGGGAUGAUGAGACCAACCUUGAGGAGAUGGAGGCCAACGUCCGUGCCAUCGAGAAGGACGGUCUCGUCUGGGGUGCUUCCAAGUUCGUUGUCGUUGGCUUCGGUAUCAAGAAGCUCCAGAUCAACCUUGUCGUUGAGGAUGAGAAGGUCUCCCUCGAUGAGCUCCAGCAGAACAUCGAGGAGGACGAGGACCACGUCCAGUCCACCGAUGUUGUAAGUCAAGACUUGAUUCUACCUAGCGUCCGUAACGUCACUAACAGAUUCCCUCUAGGCCGCUAUGAUGAAGCUGUAAAUGGAUUGCUGUUGUUUAAUGAAGAGCCACGGUGUGAUGGAUUAUUUUAUGUUUUCUCACGGAAAUAUACUUUCAUGAACUUGAAUAACCAAAGUCGGCAGGGACUCCCUGUCGCGAUGAUGAAUACCAAAAUAAAAAUCAAAUACCCAUUUAAUACACUAUCUGGAGCACAUGUAGCGUUCCCCUCGUAG